ACGUCAGUGAAACCAAAUACAAUAACACGAAAUAAAAGCAGCUGAAAUAUAUAAUGUUUAAAUGCAAAUGUUAGUUAUACUACCUGCCUACUCACACACACGGAUAUCACCGGUUUAAAGCGCAGUUUGUAAUCUUUCUCUUAUAAAGGGAUGAUUUCUAUUCGCACAGGAAGUGGAAUGAAGGUUGGAGCUCUAGUGUGGACAAUUUCUUCUGAACUCUUUAACUAUGACCUAAGUUAUUAAACACUCAUGAGAGUACUUUAUCAGAGACAAUUUGACUUUACUCUUCGCACUUUGAUCACAGCACACUGAGAAGCUGUGAUGGACGGCUUAAAUAUGCAGCAUCUUAUAUCAGACAUGGAUAUUAACUGGACUUCGGUGAUUGCAGCCACAGUUUGCGCAACAGGUUCAUUAUAUCGCUUCUUGAAAUGGAGAAAUUAUCAGAAGAUUCAGAAGAAAAUACUAAAUGCACGGAGAAGACGAGAUAAAUCACUUCAACAGGCUGAGCAAGCAGUGCAACAAUUUAAAAUGCAGAACCCAGGCUUUGAGAGCAGCUCUAUAGUGUCUCUGUCUUUGCCUGAGCUCGCUGGGAAACUCAAGGAUGGCUCCCUGCGGCCAGACGCUGUGCUUUAUGCCUUUAUGGAAAAGGCUCUGGAGGUGAACAAGAAUCUGAACUGCAGCACUGAGAUCUUAAUGGAGUCUGUGGCGCAGCUUAAAGACAUCAACACUCAAAAGAAAGGUAUUCUGUACGGAGUGCCCAUCAGCAUCAAGGAUAAUGUGGCAUAUGAGGGUCAUGACACUUCCUGUGGUGUGGUGAGUAAGUUGGAUGAGCCUGCGUUCGCGGACAGUGUGGUGGUUACUGUUCUGAAGAAGCAGGGCGCGAUCCCCUUCAUCAAGACCAACAUACCUCAAGGUCUUCUCAAUUAUGACUGCAGUAACCCCAUUUACGGGCAAACCCUGAACCCCUGCAACCUUCAGAAGACUUCUGGUGGUUCAUCCGGAGGAGAGGGAGCUCUGAUUGGAGGAGGCGGCUCCAUCCUGGGCCUAGGCACUGACAUUGGUGGGAGCAUUCGUAUCCCAGCAUCCUUCUGUGGGAUUUGUGGAUUCAAGCCCACAACAAUGAGGCUAAGUGUUCGAGGAAUCAGUUCAUGCGUCAAAGGCCAAAAGUCAGUGUUGUCCUCUCUUGGUCCUUUGGGAAGGGACGUCGAGAGCUUGGCACUAUGUAUGCGGGCGCUUCUCUGUCAGGACAUGUUCUCCUUGGACCCCACCGUCCCUCCCAUACCAUUUAACCAAGAGGUAUAUGAGAGCUCAGAGCCCCUGAGGAUUGGUUAUUAUGAGAACGACGGGUAUCUGCAGCCGUCUCCGAGCAUGGCCAGGGCCUUCAGGGAGACCAAGGACCUGCUGGAGAGAGCGGGGCACACGCUGGUUCCAUUCCGACCCCUUCGGCUCUACCAUGCCUUACAUGAGUUGACUAUCAGAGGAAUCUUGGGUGACGGAGGUCGUACCCUCUUCAGUCAUCUACAGGCAGGCCCCGUUGACCCAUGUCUCCGUGCUCAGACCAAUAUUUUGAGCAUUCCAGGCUUCAUAAAGAAGCUCAUUUCUGUUGUUCUCAAGCCUUUUUAUCCACGGUUAUCUGCAAACCUUGAUGCAAGUCUUGGAGUUGGGUCUGUGGCAGAAUUGUGGAGACAACAUGCAAAAAUUGAGGAAUACAUCCAGGAGGUGAUAGCUGAGUGGAGGAGACUGAAUGUGGAUGUUUUGUUGUGUCCCAUGCUUGGACCAGCUUACAAUUUCCGUUACUGCGGGAGUCUCAACAGUGCUCUCAGUUACACCAUCCUGUACAACCUGCUGAACUUCCCUGCUGGGGCCGUGACCGUGUCUACAGUGACGGAGGAGGACGAGGCACAGCUCCGUCACUACAAGGGUGUCCAUGGGGAUGUGUGGGACAAAGUCUUCAUUAAGGCGGUGAAGGGUGGUGUUGGUCUCCCUGUGGCCGUGCAGUGUGUGUCUCUGCCGUGGCAGGAUGAAAUGUGUCUGCGCUUUAUGAGAGAGGUGGAACAGCUCACAGCCAAGAGCAAACUCACCAAGAAACCUUAGUGACUGAAAUUCUGCUGCAUAUGUUUGUGUGCUGCCAACGGUUCAGUCUCGGGUGAAUCAUGAGCAGAUCUGCACUGAAUCUGUGACCGCAGGAACAUCCACAGAGAGGUUCUAGGUAACUCACAGAUCCUAUAAGUUGUUCAUUAAAAGCUUUAGCUGAUAAUAUGAUGCUUUCAGCUUAGAACAACUCUGGUACUCUUAACUCUGUAUGAUGCAUUUUUACCAUUGUAAUAAUAAUAAUUAAAAAAGAAAACAUUUAAUGUUACUAAUGAUUGUCACUGUGGUUGUGUGUUAAGGUUUUGAAAGAAAUAAUGGUAUUUACUUAAUAAUAUUAAUUUACUUAUUCUUUCAAUGUUAAAAUAUUUUUUCUUUUUUCAGAUUAAUAUUCUGAAGUUACUAUAAGUUAACCAUUUUGUAUGUUUGUCCAGCAGUGGCAGGUGGGAAGAAUCGAUGUGAAAUCAGGCUUUAUUUUUCACAAUAAUGUUUGGAGAAGAUACAGUAGUGCUGCUGAAAUUGCACACCUUAAAUAAGUAACAAGAAACUCUAAAUAAUUUCACACAAUGUUUAAUGAGACGUGAAUAUUUGCACUCGGUUUAGAAGCAAUGCCGCUUCAUCAAGACUGAAUGAGGAUUGGAAUGCAUCUCUUCAUUUCUGUAUCAUUUUGUAUAAUUUAAUGCCACACAAAUUCAUUAAAGUAAAAAUGAAUCAGAGCUGUACAUCACAGGUUCUCUUGAAAAGCGUCGUCCUUGCUUGGCUGUCGUUAUGAGAUGAGCGGCCCUCAUUUUCUGUGGCCUGAAUGAUGACUUCGCUUGGAAAGGCUUUAACUGGACUUAAUGACACAUGACGCCAUCAGCUCCGAUGUAAUGUAAAUAUUUGUCUGUUCUGGGUUUUGCGCACAUUUUACAUUCUUCAUUUACAUCAAGGAUGGAAACUCAUUAGGGACUUUAUGAUUUCCUCUCAUUUUAUUGUUCUCUUUGAUGUUUCACUGUUGACAUGGAUGCUAUUUCCAACUCUGACCUGCAAAGUAUUAAAAAAAUAAAAACAAAAAAAGACGUAA